CCAGCGAUAUAUCAUACGAGAACAGCGCUGUCAGUGCUUCGAAGAAACUCGCAGUUCACGCACGUCCAGCAUCCAACUACUAAUAUAGCACGACCACAAGAACAGACGAGUAACAGCAAAAAUGCCGAUGACACUGGAAGGAAGCUGCCAAUGCGGCGGUAUUGAAUUCACCCUCCAAUCCUCCACGCCGGUGCCCUACCAGCACUGCGCCUGCAGCAUCUGCCGCAAGGUGGGCGGGUACAGCGGCAGCGUCAACCUGGGCGGAAUCGCCGACAGCCUUAAGAUCAAGAAGGGCCAGGAUCUAAUCAAGAAAUACUCCGCGAUCAAGGCCCGCGGCACUCCCGAAGAGGAGGUCUGCUCGUCGCAGCGGAGCUUUUGCUCCAACUGCAGCACCAUGCUUUGGCUGUGGGACGAGCACUGGCCGGAGCUGAUUCACCCGUUCGCGUCGGCGAUCGACACCGAGCUGCCUGUGCCUGACGAGAUGGUCUGUAUCAUGGCCGGGUCGAAGCCCGCGUGGGUGCGCUGGCCCGAGGGCAAGAAGCAGGUGCACGAGGGGUAUCCGAGUGAUAGUUUGGAGGGGUGGCAUACCAAGCAUGGGUUGUUCUUCGAAUGAGGGAGCGAAAGCCCUGGUGUAGAACUUAGGGACUACGGAGUUACGAAUGUGGAUGAGAUGUGAUUACAUGAGCACG